ACUGGAUGCCGGUGACAGGGCUCCACACUGCCGAGGAGCUGUCCGCGGAACAGGUGGACUUUCUCCGUCUCCUUCGCUCGGUGAAGUCCUGGCGGAGGGACGCGGUCGCGGGUUCAGCAGUUCUUUCGUAUUACUGUCGUGUCUUUGAGAGAUAAUUUGACCAGGCUCAUCAUGACUUCGGUGUGGAAGCGGCUCCAGAGGGUCGGAAAGAAAGCGUCCAAGUUCCAGUUUGUUGCUUCCUUUCAAGAACUGAUGAUAGAGUGCACCAACAAAUGGCAACCAGACAAACUGAGAGUGGUGUGGAUCAGGAGAAACAGACGUCACAGCUCAAAGCUCCACAGCUGGCAGCCAGGGAUUAAAAACCCCUACAGAGGCCUGGUGGUUUGGCAGGUUCCAGAGACUUUAGACAUCACUGUCACACUCUUCAAGGAACCUACUGCAGAGGAGUUUGAAGACAAGGACUGGACUUUUGUCAUUGAAAAUGAGACAAAAGGCCGUAGGAAGGUGUUGGCAUCAGCAGAUGUCAAUAUGAAGAAGUUUGCCGGUGCCACGCCGGCCCAGUAUGAUGUAACACUGAAGCUCAAACCGCUGUCUGUCAAAGUGGUGGAAGCCACACUGAAACUGAACUUGUCAUGUGUCUUUCUCAAAGAGGGCAAGGCCACAGAUGAGGACAUGCAGAGUCUGGCCAGUCUAAUGAGCAUGAAGCAGAGUGACAUUGGAAAUCUGGAUGACUUUAAUGACAGUGAUGAAGAAGCUGGUGAGGACAGGAGGACCAGCUUUGGAACUGGACAAACUACUCAUGUUACUGAAUUCAAAAGACAGUUGAGCACGCUGAGUGAAGAGGACAACCAGUGCUCAACACCUACAACCCCUGAUCCCAGAGCUCCAGCCAGCCAGAGGCCAGAGCUGUCCAGGCCUACAGAACAGAAAAGAAAUGCACAUUUUGGAAUCAAAGUUGUCAAGGCAUCAGCAGGACAUGAAAUCAUGGCUUCACUACAGCCAUCAUGCCCAAUCGUUGCUGGUGCAACAGAACCCCCAUCCCAAACCCAAAAAAAUAAUGCUGAGCAGCCGUUAGAAAAACAUCCUACAAACAGGACCAUACUAUGGGAGGAACUACCAACGGCAACUACAGUAAAAUGUCCUACAGACAAGACCAUACUAUGGGUGGAGCUACCAAAGGUGACUACAGAGGUAACGAGGAACACAUCAGAAGAAGAAAUUAAAAUGACAAAAGAAAUGGUCAGUACGGCCCCAUCGUUACACGGAAUUGCCAUGACCACAAGUCUAUCUUCCAAAAUGCUAGACACUGAUAAUGAAAUGAAGACAAAGACAGAAACUGGGAUGACAGAUCAGUCACUGAUAUGCCCAACAGUUAACAUAUUUGAAUUCCCUGCUACUGCUAAACAAACAAAUGAAUGCCUACUGGACAGUGAGUCUACUUGGGAUAAGCCAUCGAAAGAUGAUGAAUUUAUAACCAAUGAGGGUGCUCCUCAUUUAAAAGGACAUGCAGAUCUAGCACAAAAAACGAUGUAUAAAAGCUCUUCCCCCGCUAGUGCAUAUUGUAUGCAAUAUUAUGCAAAGCCUGAAAUUGAGUACAAACCGUCCACUUUCUUGGAAACCUAUCCCAGCGUGACAAAUAUCAUCGGCAUGCCAUCCAAAUUGACAGUAAAAGAAGGACACAGGCUUAUAGAUCAAAAGCCAGUUUGGGAGAAGCAGUCAAAAACUAAAGAAAUAUUACAGCCAUGUGCAUCAAAGGAAGAUGAAACGAACAAGGAAAUGGUUUUAUUGGUACCGUCUUGCCCCAGAGAGCCCCGAAAUCCAGGAUUCCCCUCUGUACCACAAUACAGUUUAGUUUUUUAUGGACCAAACAUGGUUAACAUUUAUACCAGCUGUCCAAGUAUAUCCACUAUAUCUGGUUCACCAACUAUCAGUGAAGCCAAUAACAGAUCAUGGGUACCACAACAGGAACCACUUUUGGAGAAGAAAAUGAAAACUGAGCUUGUCAUGACAGUGUCACCAAAAGAGAAGGAUGAAAUUAAACUAAUGGGAGCUUUGGUACCAACUUGCCCCAGACAUUCUUGCAUAUCAGGUAUCCCCUCAAUUCCUCAAACUACUAUGGCACAUCAUGGAUCCGAUGUGAGCCUUUUAAGAUCUUGCUCCAAAACCUCUUGUGUUGAAGGUAUUCCAUCAUUAAUGGAACAUGUUUGCAAAAGCUGGGCUACAGAUUGCAAACCCUUAGGAGUAAUGCCACCAAAAAUCAACACGGUAAUGAUUGAAGAUAGACCGUACAAUGAUGAUAUGAAGGCCAUGACAGCUUUAGCCCCAACUUGUCCAAACGAGGCCCGCAUCCCUGGAUUCCCAUCUGUUGUGGAAACUACAGUAAACUGUAAUAGGUUUAGUAGGGUCUGUCUCCUUCCGUCUUGCCCAACUUCCUCUAGUAUGGCUGGUUUUCCUUCAAUACAGAAAUCUGACAGCAAAGACUGGACCACUAUUCAUAAGCCAUUAUGGGAGAAGCAUGUUAAAAAGGAGUCUGCGUUCCUACCAGAAAACACUAAAAUGGAUAAAGACAUGAAAGGAGUUGUUUCUCUUGCACAAAGUUACCCAAGAGAAUCAAUCAUCUCUGGUUUUCCCUCUGUACAAAAACCCGGAAUGAUUAACAUUGUUGACGUGACAGACAUGGUCAGUCUUUCAAACUUGUGCUCAAAAAGGUCACGCAUACCAGGAUUUCCAUCAUCUCACAGUGUAGAAGAGUGGACAAUGAUCAGGGAGCCACUAUUUGAACCAAGAUUGAAAGAAGAGCAGGUGUCAUCAGUUGACAAAUGUGAAAAAGAUAAGAGAGCAAUGAAGGUUUCCCCCGUGGUUUCCGUUGUACCAUCUUCUCCAAAAGAGGUGCAGGCAUCAGGAUUUCCUUCUCAUCCAAAUCCUUCAACCAUGUGUUGUACACCAAGUAUUAUUCGGCUUCUUACAUUGUGCUCUCACAUUUCUAAAAUACCCGGAUUCCCAUCGGUUCAUGGGGAUAUGACUGGAGGAUGGGUAACAGAAAAGGGGUCAUUGCUGAAGAGGCUACCAAAGGGGGUCAUAUUUGAUACAUCAAAUGACAACAGAAAGAUAAUGAAGAAUAUGGUUUCCUGUGUACCAUCCUGUCCUAAAGAGUCAAGUGUUCCUGGCUUCCCAUCUAUUCCAAAUCCCAAAAUAAUAUAUUAUGGCCUAAAUAUAGUUAACCUCCUUCCUAUUUGCCCUGGAGUUUCUGUCAUACCUGGAUUUUCAUCAGUUGAAGAGCACAAAGAAGGAUGGGAUGCUGAACUUGGUUCAUUGAUGCACAGACCCCAAAAGAACAAUCAGUGUAGGAUUAACAGCUCACCAAUUAACAUAGACAAACCAAACAACAUGCUUUCUUUGGUUCCUUCUUGCCCAAGAGCAUCAAAGGUUCCAGGCUUCCCAUCUGUACCCCGAUACAAUAUGCUGAGACUUGUACCUGUUUGCCCCAAAGUAUCCAGUUUGCCUGGAUUGUCAUCUUUUGAAGGGGCCUCAAAAUUUCAGUGGCUUUUUGACGCACACACUUUGUGUGAUAAGCCAUCAAAGGAUACAGUUUUUGUGAUACACUAUCCAAAACAAGACAGAGAAGCUGUGAACACAAUGUUGGCCCUAACACCAUCUUGCCCAGAAGCAUCCAGGAUCCCUGGGUUUCCCUCUGCACCCCAAACCAAAUCCAAGAUUGAACCAAGUAUGAUAAGUUUUGUAUAUUGUUGUUCCAGUGCUUCAAGUCUCAAAGGAUUUGCAUCGAUGACUACAAUGCCAAGCACAGGGUGGCUAAAUGACACAAAACCAAUUGCAAUAAAACCUCAGGAAAAGAGGGCAGAAAUGAUUAUGCCACUUGCUGGACAGGACCGGCUACACUGCUACAAUCUGAAAAGCAUGGUGACAUUAGUGACAUCCUGCCCAAAAGAGGCUACAGUAUGUGGCUUUCCCUCUGCUCCAGUCAUAAACAGACCACCAAACAUGAUCAGCUUAUACACAUCUGCUCCAUGUGUUUCAUGUCUCCCAGGUUUUCCAUCAGCAAGGAUGCUUAGUGCUGAAUGUAAAAAUAUAAAAACUAGGACAACAAACAGCAAAUCCCUGUUUGAGAAGCGGCAGAAUGACAAGACUUAUCUCAUUUCAAAGUUUCGAGCAAAACAUAAACAUACACAGGAUGAAAUGAAGUACAUGGUAGCAAUGGCUCCAUCGUGUCCGCAUUUGACUCGAAUACCUGGGUUCCCCAGCAUUUCACAACUGAAUCCAACAGACAAAGAAACUUGGACUGUUCCAUGCCCUCUUUCUACUGAGACAGAUACAUCACAAGAAAUGCCUCAUUCUCAACCAACUGAGUCAUAUAUCAAAGAAGCAAGAAUUCCUGGUGUUCCCUCCACAUCUUUUAGUAGCCCACACACAGCACUUGCAUACGAGGACAAAUUCAGAGGUGGUGAAAAGCAAAACGUAGGCCUUUUUGUACCUAAAGGCAAAUCACAAGUAGAGGGGAUAGCACCAGAGGAAACCCAGACAGUGAAGAAACUGGACACAGCAGAGCCAGCAGGAGUCAUGGGUUGGGAAGUAUUGGAGGCAGAGGGAACAAUAACAGAAAAACAGACAGAAAAUGAAGACACCUCAGGAUUAGUAAAGGCUAUUGUGGGUGUUUUCCACAAAGGUUAUGAAACAGUAGCAUCCAUUUUGGGGCCAUCUAGCUCUACUUUAACUGAAGUGGAUCAUCAGCCCAAGGAUAUCUCUUCUGUGGAUCUGAAGGACAAGACAUUGACCACUUCAGAGGAUUUUUUUCCACAUUUUGAGGACAACACUACUUCCAUACAGAAGAUAGAAGGCCAGUUUGAAGCAGUUCACACCAAACAUAUCACUGAAUAUCCAACAAGUGGUCGAUCACUGUCUCCAUCACCAGCUACCGACAGUGAUGAUGGCUUGGUCUGUGCAAGCAUGAAGAAAUGGCCACCACUGACAGAGGCAGAUAUCACUGAAAUAUCAAAGGCCAGUGGUGAAGAAGUAGAGGAACAAAAGGCCGCUCUUGAUCAAUGGCAUAAAAAGGAGAGCUCACUCACAGGGCAGGACUCUGUUCAAACAUCAGCGUACAUUAAAAGUUUGUUAGCAAGGCACCAGACUGAGACAGAACAGGAUGAGGUUAGAACAGUGACAGCUUCUUCACAGCUGGAUAAAGGCCCCCAACAAACAAGCAUGGAAGAAAUUCCUACCACAUCCCUGCACCCUACGUCAAAUGAGUCACUGACAGAUGCCAAUGCAAACAGAGAGACACUCACAGACAAAGCCUCAGAUUUACAGCACAUCAGUCCAGUUGAGCCACAAGCUGACAUUGCUGUCCCUCAGCGAGGUAGAAAGCCCAAGAGAAAUGUUCCAGAGCCUCAACAGCAAGGAUGUGAACAAGAAAAAGACACAGUCCCAUUACGACCACUCAGAAGGAAGGAUAGUUUAACACCAGACCGCAAACUAAAAUCUGAUAGUGUGUCCGUCAAGCUCCUCCCUGAGGCUGUUCCAAUCCAGUCUGGAAAGAAAGAUGCUUCUGGUGAGAUAAUUCCCACGCAACCUUCCGUUGCCCCAUCUUACAGCAUAAGGAAAGGAGACAGUAUCGUUCCUCAAGGUGUACCUCAGGAUGAACCUAACCAAGAAGGUGUUGGUGGUCACACUGGUGACCAUAGAAAAAAAGGGGAGCCUGAAUCUAUGCAAAUAUUCAUGGAUGUUGUCCCUCCUCCUCGUGUAAAAAGAAGAGAUGGUAGUUUGCCACCUGAAAAUCCACAAAGAACUGCCCCCUGCAAGCCUCUGAGAAGAAAAGAUGGUGUCACUAGAGAGACACCUGUUCCAAAAACGAAUGACCAACAAAUUUCGAAAGCCGAAGUCAGUUCUGCUUUGAAAGCUUCCGAACCUGUUCCUCCUCAACCUUGUCAGAGAAGCUCUGAUGUCUCAGGAGCUCUUGAACCUUUACAGAGCAUUGAUAAGCCCUGCCAUACAGCCACGGGAACGAUCCCUUCACAACCUGUAGGAAGAAAAGACCAGACAACCACCGAUUUUGUUGAAAGAACAUCUUUGCAGGCACACACAGAAUUGGUCCGCUCAGAGGACCCAGAAAAAACCUAUUGCACUCUGGAAUGGCCCAAGAAAGAUGUAAUUCCUCCCUUAGAAGCAAAAGUAAUUGAGGGCAUUGCCCCAAAGCCAGAGAUAUUUCAUGUUGAUCAAACAGCUUCUCUCUCAAUCAUAAAGAAGAUACGUCUUCCACAACAUGACAGGAGAUUUCAUUCAAGCAGAUCCGGCAAAAUUGACAGUGUAGAGGGAAGUAUGGCACAAAACUUAAAUGAUACAAACAAGGAGUCCGUAAAUCCAGUCCAGAUCAUCAGCACUGUUAUCGGCGAUAUGGAAGAGAUAAAGCCACCACAUAUAGCAGCAAGGCUAGGUGGUCCUUCAUCCAUUUCCUCAACAGCUAAAGAAUUGUCAAAGGUUGAAUACAGCAAAGGCCUCCCCCCUCUUCCUCUGGAAGAUCAACCUUCUACAUCUGCAGUUGAAGAAGCCACUGUCAAAUUGAGGAGAAGCAGAUUGACAACUGAGAGCAUUGUUCAAGUAGAGGAUGGUAAUAUGUCAAAGAAGACAGCAGGAGCUCCAAGCUUGCCCGUACCAAAACCAAGAGUAAAGAAACGUCUCAGUGGUUCAUUCCCUGAUGACGUGUCAAUUUCUGGCUCAUCACCACCCUGCCGACCAGACACAGUAGCUGACACAAUUGCCCGUGAAUCGGACCAACAGAAUGAACAGUCAAACUUGCCUGUUCCAAUGCCUCGGACCAAGAAGCGUCUCAGUGCAACUUACUCAGAUAGCACACCAACUGUAGACAAUUUAUUCCCCUUAGAAAUGGAAUUCUCUCAGAAAAGCCCUGAGGAUUUAUCCAUCACUAGCAAGGACACAAAGGAAGGCUCAACAUCACUGAAUUCAAGUGUGAUCUCUGAAGGAGGUUUUGUCACAAUCCAAGGAGAAGAUGAUGUUGCAUCAGAGUUGGAACGGGAAGUUUUAGCAGCAAUGGCAGAAGAAGAAUUUUCACAGGCGCACUCUGUAGAAGAUACAGAGAAACCAAUGGAUGAAAUCACUGAAGACUGGACCUUUACAGAUAAACCUGUUCUUACUGAUGACUUAGGGAGUGCUGCAGAGGCAAUGUCUGAGCAGGAUGACAUCGAAAAAGUCCUGAAAGAAGAGGUUGAUAGGGCCCUUGCUUCCACUGUUGCAUCUUGUCAGGAUGACUGGCUGCAUGUAGAGAACGAUAAAGACAGUGAACCAGUGGAAAUAAACUCAAGGAAGGAAAUAAGGGAUGAAGAGUUGGACUUUGGCUUUGUGUCUGUAGAUGUAGCUCCUGGUUGUUUAGAGGAAGAAAGGCAAAGUGAGAGAGCAGAAGUUUUUGGCCUGCACCAAGCCAAGGAACCAACAACUCCUCAGAAAAGACCUGCAGACAGGGAUGCCGCCCUGGAAAAGGUAUUGGCCAGUCCCAGCUUAGUGACAUCCAGUCAGUCUCUACUGGAAUGGUGUCAGGAAGUCACACAGGGUCACAAGGGAGUGAAGAUAACCAACUUCAGCACCUCCUGGAGGAACGGCCUUGCCUUUUGCUCCAUCUUACAUCACUUUCACCCAGAAAAGAUUAAUUAUGAAAUGUUGGACCCGUACGACAUCAAGCGCAACAACAAAAAGGCCUUUGAUGGCUUUGCCGAACUUGGCAUUUCCAGGCUGAUGGAGCCUUCAGACAUGGUCAUGCUCGCAGUGCCUGACCGCCUCAUUGUCAUGACCUACCUCAACCAGAUCCGUACCCAUUUCACGGGUCAGGAGCUCAGUGUGCUUCACAUAGAGAAGGAUAGCAGGGAGUCCAGCUAUGUAGUAGCCGGGGACCAGGAGAGCCAAGAGGACCCUGAGGCAACUGUUCGCUACUGUGCCCAGAGGCUCCAGGAGGAGGGCAUAAGUCUUGAGACAAAUGGAAGUGCUGGCACAGUAGAGACGGAGAGUAAAUCCAGUAGGGAUGUGGUUCCCCCUCCUAGAACCAAGCGACUGCAGGUGGCUGGGGCAGGUGGGACUCAGUUACCAGUGGCACCACCAAGGACUCAUUUCCUGUCCAAGUCAGGUUUCUCUCAUGUCAAAGACGCUGAUCUGGUCAAGAAGCGUAGGUCACAGCGGAGAAGUGGGUCAUUAGAUGAAGGAGACAUAUCAGUGGUUGCUGCAGGGCAAGAAGACAGUGUAAUUGCCCGGAGGAAAUCAGAAACGGAGAGAACAGAGGCUAUAGUUGAGGCGGGAAGACCAGAAGGCCAGGACCCCAGCCAGUAUGUGCUGAAUCAGAUGGAAGCGCUGGAGGCGGAACAAAACCAUGUUGAUAACAGAGCAGGUGUGGUGGAGCGGAAGCUCAGACAACUACUGGAAACAGGCAGUGACAAGGUGGAGGAAGAGAGGUUGAUUCAGGAAUGGUUUAUGCUGGUCAACAAGAAGAAUGCUUUAAUCAGGAGGCAGGAUCAUCUGCAGCUACUGCUGGAGGAACAAGACUUGGAAAGACGAUUUGAGCUGUUAAACAAAGAGCUGAGGGACAUGAUGGCGAUUGAAGAGUGUCAGAAGACUCAGGCCCAUAAACACAGAGAACAGCUGCUGCUUCAGGAGCUGGUUUCACUGGUCAACCAGAGAGAUGAACUGGUCCACAAUAUGGACGCCAAGGAGAGAGGAGGUCUGGAGGAGGACGAGCGUCUGGAACGAGGCCUGGAGCAGCGGAGGAGGAAGUACGCUAAACAGCAGAGAGAAAAGUGUCUGAUGCAGUGAUUCUGUCAUCCUCCAGCCACCAAACGCUGGGUCACCCAUCUAUCUAAGAAUGGGGUCGACACAAAAUCAAGAGUGGGACAAUGGGAUGUUUGGUCGUCUUCACCUGCUGUCAGAUUGAUGGCCGUGGGUUAAAGUGAGCAGGAAGAGGACAUUCAGGCAACACAGUGUAUCCCAGGAGGGUAUAUUGUCAAUGGAGCACACUGAACCAGUAUGAGGUGGCUCUGUAUUUCCAAAAGAGACUGAUGGUGAAAAAGAAAUGUUGGCUAUGUUUAGGUUCUGCUACUUUUAGCUGUGUCUCAAAAUGACACAAAUAAAAACAUCAAGGUAAUUGAAGUGGCCAGUUGUGUAAUGUCCACAAAUUCAACCCAUUGUCCGUUUAUUGACCCUAAAUGACGUUCAGCCGAGGAAUUUUGACCCACUUAGAAGAAGCGGCAGCAAACAGAUCUGCUUGUGCCUUUGGACGGUUUGGUUUUGCAGUUUGUGUGCUGUGUGUUAGUGACUUUUGUUACACAUUGUUUUUGUGAACAUUAAGUGUGCGAGACAGGAAAUGUUUGGUACACAUAUGAGCUGCCAAAAACAGUAGAGAGUAGGUUUGACCAGUGUUGGUUCAUUACUGACCUGUUUGGAUUGGACCUGCUGAUAAUCUAGUGCCAGUACAUUUCUAAUUACAAUAGUUCAGUACGUCCUGAUGACUGUUACUCAUGGCAGGGUGAGGAAGCCUCAGAAAUACCCAACAAGCCUUCCAAACUGAACUUUGCCUUCGCCUUCUAAAACCACCCAUAUCAAUGUUUUUGGAUCUUUGGUCCGAUCAGCAGGACCACAUGUGGAAUUAUUGCGGUCAUGGUUAAAGCCAUUACACAAACACAGUAUGUACAACAACAACAAUUUAGUCCAAGCAUGCAAUUCAUCACCACAGUUGCCUUACUGUAGGAUGUGGUACAUUGGGAACCAAGUUUUGCACAGAUUUACUUGAACCCAGAGAGCAGCAUGGUGAGUCCAUUGGCAUUGACUGUGGUCUUCCCGCCCUUGUGUUUGUUGUUUGCUUUAUUUUUUUCACAAAACCAAAUAUAGGUCCAUUUGAAAAUGAAAGGUAGGCGAUGAAAAAAAGUUUCAGAUUUUGGUGUUGAAAUGUUUGCAUCAUGUUGUGUGACCGCUGCUCCGGUGGAGCAGAUGGAUAGAAGGUGUGAAUGAAAAGCAACUGCAGGAAAGCUGCCAUGGUCAUGUAGAAGGUGGAUUCUUCAGACUGAGUUAGAAAUAAGCAAAAUUUGACUACACUGCAUUCAUAUUCAUGACCGCCACACAGACACACUUCUGUGACACUUGUACAUGUACAGCAGGAUGUUUUUCCUUUUGCCGCUGAUUUCCGGGUUUAUGUAUUGAAACACAUUCAGUGAAUCUUGUCAUUUACUUUGCUGUUCAAAUCACUGAAAUAUUUAGGAAAAUGACAACUUUUACAUUACACAAAUGUAGUUUUUCUGAAAUGAAAGGUGAAGAUUUGAAUGGCUCUGCAUGAUAAAAGCCAAAUUUUCAUUAGCACAAAAUUAACAUUAGCGCUUCCAUCUCUUCCAAGAGUUGAAGAAUGCUUCCUCCUUGUUUUUGCACUGAAAAAUUAUGUGUUUUUACUGCAGUACAAGGAUGUCCAGUAACAGUACCAUUUCUGGGCCUGAGAGGUUUAAAUUUGUGUGUAAAAGUUUGCUCUUGUGUGAAUUUGUUCCAGCCUGUCAAGAGGAUUGCGGAUGGACAGUUUUUAUUUGCAGUUUAUUUGUUAUAUUUGCACUAUUUGUAAAGUUUGGAAAAUACAAAAGAUUGGAAUGCC